AUGAAAAUAGGCCAAAGAGCAAGUCCAAACCACAUUCACUCAAAAGGAUUUGGAACAACUUCAAACUUUUAUCAAGGUUCGAAGAAGAGCAGAGAGAGAGAAAAUCAUGUCAAUGAUCUCAGGAGUAGGCAUUUAAGAACAAAUAGCUUCAUGGACAAAUUCACUAAUAAUUCAAAAAUAAAUUCACACAAAAAGCAAGGUUCCUUAAGCGGAAUAUUUGCUAAUAACUUACAAAGCCAAGAUAUUCUUAACAAGGAUAACAGGAAUGCUUUAAAUAAUACUCUCCAAAUUGAGACUGGAAAUGGGUCGCUUGAAAGAAGCAACUUAAAUACAAGAUCUGCUGCAAACUCGCCUGCUCAUCAUCGAAAAUAACUCUCACAAUUUUAACGAUAUGAGAAGUGAAUUGCCUCUGAUAUUCAAUUCUCCUUCAAACACAGUUAGAGGAAAUUUAGAGUCAAUUUUAAUUAACAAAUCCAACAAUGAGAGGGGGUUUAAAACUCCUAUCAAAAAGCACAUGCCGUACUGGGAUGCCAAGUCUCUUCAGGAUUCCCAAAACUUCAUCAAGCAGCAAGAAGUUGAAAAACUGAUCUUAAAAUAACAAAAAGAUGAGCUAUAGGAGCUUUCUUGAAAAUCAAAUGAAGCAGAGACAACAGAAGGAAAGUGAUGAAAAGGAGCAAAACAAGAAGGACUUUAAUAAAAUGCUCAAUAAUAUCAAUAGCAUCGAGCUGCAUGAUCGCAGGGCUUUCCACCAACAAAAGAAAAAGCUGAAUGAACAAAAUCUCCGGAUGCUAAGACAAUACGAGAAAAAUAAUGAGCAUAAGCGCAAGCUAAAGUCUAAGGACCUUAAAGAAGAACUUCACAAUGCGAAUAAAGCAAAGGUCCAGCUAGACUCUGAUAAAAUGAAGGAUUAUGUCAGAAAACAGCAGCUUAAAGAGCAAGAAAGAAAGGAUGUACAAAGACAGAUUGACAUAAAGAAGAAGAUCAAGAUGGUUAAUACAGAGGGAGAUCGCAAGGAGAUGGACCACAUGCUUAAACAUGAAUUUGACCUGUUUGGAAGAAACCAGAUCAGACACCAGAACAAGAUUAGUAACAUCAUGAAUAGAAAUGAAAGAAUUCUACAUGAAAAUACUAAAUACAGCAACUUCAAGCAGAUUAAUAGUGCUAAAAAUUCUACUUUUAAUGAGUCUAAUUCCUUGCUUCUUACUCAGAAUGCUAAAGAUCUCACUCAGAGAGAGCGAAAUCUGAAGUGAAGAGAGAUGCUUCAAACUUAUAAACAGCAAAUCAUAGAAAAUGAGAAGAGAAAAAAGAAGAGCCUAAAUAACAAAAAGAAGGUCGAACGCUUCAUCUUUGAUAAAGAUAGUGAGAUUGUUACUCACCAAGUAAAAGAGGAAAGAUUACAAGACCUCAAGAAGAAAGCUCAACUAAGGAAAGAACUUGACAGGCAGAUCAGGGAUAAAAAGAAAGCAGAGCAAGAAGAACUCCUCUCUGUAUAUAUCUAG